AUGGUUGGGGGCAACGGCUCGGAGGUCCGGGAAGUCGAGAGCUCGCGCCCAGACUUAACGCCGCGUCGUGCUAAUCUUGCGUGUAAACAUUCCAAUUUUGACAACACUCACAACCAGAGACUUUGCAUGAGGAGAACCGACCAAACACGCUCUCAAGCUGUCAGAAGACUGUCGGCCAUUUCGGCAACAUUUGCACCUCGAGAUACACAGACACCCUUCGCGGGCGAACCACUGCGCAUCAUGUCUGGAGCCCAGGAACAGCCGCCUCACGGCGCCGAGUACCGCCAACAUUUGCCAGACAUCAGCAUUCCUCGCUUCACAACGAUGCGAAACCAGGAUGCUCACGAAUAUGCCAAGGUGUUCAAGGAGAGCGGUAACCCGCCGUGGCUACACGCCCUCUACCUCCAUUGGCGAAGCCUCUUCAAAGAGCCGUACACCGGCAUCACAAUAGAUGGCACGGUAAAACGGGAUUUAUUCAAGAUCGCCGACGAGGGCGUUCCUAUCCAGCAAAUUGUUGAUGCUACAAAUGCGGUUCUGUCCCAAUUGGACGACAAGCAAAAGUCGAUCCUCUUAUACCAUGUCGAUUCUCCGGAAUGGCGGUCAUGGUCGAAUCCCGAGUUCCUCCUCAGCGACAAGGGCUUACGUCUCGAGGAGUUGACGCCGCAAAUCCGAGAGAGCAUUCUCAAAGUCCUCGAGACGACGCUCUCACCCGAGGGAUACGCCAAGGCGCUCGGCGCUAUGCGCGUGAACGGAUUUUUGGGUGAACUGGUGCAGGCACCCACCAUUUGCAACGAGUACUCAUACAACUUUGUCCUCUUCGGGCUGCCUUCGGCAACGAGGCCAUGGGGCUUCUCAUUCUACGGCCAUCACCUGUGCUUGAACAUUUUCUUGUACCAGGGUCAGAUCGUGGCGUCACCGUGGUUCACUGGGGCGGAGCCGAAUCUGAUUGACGACGGCCCGUACAAGGGUACGCGCAUCCUCGAGACGGAGGAGCGGCUAGGCCUGCAGCUCAUGCAAUCUCUGCCGGCAACUCUGCAGCAAAAGGCGCAGACGUACAAACUUCUCAAAGAUCCCGCCAUGCCGAAAGGACGAUGGAACCACGACGACCAGAGACAUCUCUGCGGCGCCUACCGAGAUAACCGCAUCGUGCCGUAUGAGGGGAUCCUGGUGACGGACAUGACCCCUGAGCAGCAGCAGCUCAUUCUCGGCAUUCUGGAGCAGUAUCUUAUUUACCUUCCUCAGAAGUCUAGGGAGAUCCGGAUCAAUCACAUCAAGUCUUUCUUCCCGGAGACGUACUUUAGCUGGAUCGGAGGCUUUGGCGACCAGGAUCCCUUUUACUACCGUAUCCAGAGUGCUGUCAUCCUCGUUGAGUUUGACCACCACUCGGGAGUCUUCUUGACAAACAAGGAGCCGGCCAAGUUCCACAUCCACACUCUUCUUCGGACACCCAACGCCGGCGAUUACGGUAUGGCGCUUCGGCCGCUGAUUCCAGGUAUCGAGCAGGAUUUUGUAUGGGAGGGCUAG